AUGCAUCAACGUAUGGCAGAUCUACCCAGCGUACGUAUAUCGCAAGCACUGCCAUUCGUAAACACUAGAUGCGACUAUGCAGGACCAAUUCUUCUGAAGGACGCUAAGGUGCGCAAGCCGCGCAUCAGCAAGGGAUACAUAUACCUAUUUGUAUGUAUGGUUACAUCGGCGAUCCAUCUAGAACUCGCCACCGACUUAUCCACGGAAACAUUUCUGGCGGCAUUGAGACGAUUUUUCUCAAUACGAGGCAAAUGUACACGCAUGUACAGCGACAACGGAACAAAUUUCAUCGGAGCCAGGCGAUCCCUGGAUGAAGUGCAGCAGCUACUGAACUCAACACAGCACAAGGAUCACGUAGCGAACUCACUAGCAGACGAAGGUAUCCAAAGGACCUUCAUCCUACCUCGUGCUCCACGUUGGGGAGGAAAGUGGGAAUCAGCAGUUCGAUGUGUUAAACUGCAUCUUCGACGAGUCAUUGGAAGCAGCACACUAACACAUGAGCAAAUGCGCACCUUGCUGGCGCAGGUCAGUGCGGUGGUCAACUCACGACCCUUAUGCUACACGUCGGAUACAGAUAGCAACUAUCUGUCACCAGCCCAUUUCCUGAUCGGGCGACCAUUUACGACGAUCCCGGAAGCGGAUCUUUGCCACAUUCCUGUGGGCCGUUUGGGAUACUGGCAGAGUAUCCAAUCGAUGUACCAAGGCUUCUGGAAACAACGGCACCAGGAGUACCUGACUAGUCUUCAGCAGCGACCAAAGUGGACCAAGGAAACCCCCAACAUCAAGAUCGGCAGCGUUGUGCUCGUCAAGGAGUCCAACACACCACCAGCAUCAUGGCACCUGGCGAGGGUGAUCGAAACCUACCCAGGAAAGGACAACGUCGUGCGAGCAGUAAGGCUCAAGAUGGCAACAGGAGAAUUGACCCGGCCAAUAACGAAAAUUGCAGAACUACCUCAUUCAGAAACCGUGCUUCAGGAAAGGGCCGGGAUGUUUGGAAACUAUCGCUUAGUAAUUAAGUUUUGCCAUCUCUAUAUUUAA